AUGAUCUAUGACGUGAGAGUAGGCGGCGCUUGCUUGAUCUAUAAAGCCGCCUCUUCGAAAAUAGCCCAGGCUUACAGCGUGGCCGAUAUACGGUCCCGGAGGUCCCUCUGGUAUCGGUUACAUGUAUAUGUCUAUGACUUUCGCAACUUUAGGACAGACAGCGCUGCAAGGGAUCGGCUCGACAGUAUAGUAGACAUCACAUACCUGGGCAAGCCGUAUUUUGACGAAGAGGAAGUCGAGGCCCUUGAAAAUACUAUCUCUAAUAGUAGCGGGAGUCAGGGUGAGACUCUUGCUCAGAAAAUUGAGUCUACCCUGGAUGAACGAUUGAAUCGCCGUAUGAAGAAGCGUGUAGAAAGUAGCGACUUCAGGGUCUGCGCCGCCCACGAUCUUGCACCUAUCUUUGAAGCUGUUUUUGACAUACCACCGAAGAAGCUGGCAAAGAAGCUUGUAUCGUUGAUUAGUUCGAGAGGGCUGAUACUUCGAGAUGAGGAUGACAUCUCCAUGUAUCCUAGGUGAAACUGAGCUCCAAGCUCUUGCAGCGAAACGCUCAACGGUCGGCAAGAAGAAGAAAGGCAGGUAGCUACUCCUGCUACAUGCUUCUAAAGGAAAAAGAGACGAAAUCAAUAUCUUGACUCCCUACUCCGUACUUCAAAUGGUCAAGGGAAGCAAACGGGCCACGUCGCUCUGGACAGUUUUCAAGGGAGCAACUUGGAACCCUCAACUUCUCUGAUAUUCCACAUCGAGGCAACAUUUUCUUCCAUGGAAGCGGCCUCUGGAUACCUAGAUGAUCUACGCCUGAAGACAAGGCGGUUUUGGAUUUGGGAGGCUUCUCGCAUUGAAACAUGCUCCCUAUUUUAGCGGCGAAAUGGUAACGGCGAUUUUCAACGUAUUCCUAGGCAGGCUUGGAAAAUCUCCUUACUAGAAAACAGUAACGCGGCCAGUCAUACGGAAUCUGUGCGUCUCACGAUCGGUCGCCGCUAGUUGAAAUGGCUUUUCGGUAUUCGGUGGUCCUUAGUGCGAAAGGUGAAAAGACCUGUAAGUGCCAAAGAUAGAAUAAGGUCCGCUCUCUGCCGCCAAUGGGGUAACUCCCCCUUUUGGCUCAACGAAAUUGAUAGCAAGGUAAAGCUGGGUGCGAGGAAGUCGCCCAAGCACUCCAUACGGCUGAGCAUAUUAUGAAGUAUGCCGAGGUCGACUAGAAUAGCAGUUGUGACAUAGCAUUCGUUGGACAGAUUUGGAUAUUGCAUCGUAUACUCCGUACUCCAUAGCAAUAGCAGUCCACUUUCUGGGUAUCUUGUGCAAUCCUUCACUUUACCCGUGAGUUCGGGUAUCUAGAAGGUUAGCAACUAUGGGUAUUAUCAGGCAGCCAUGUCCUAGCUCCUAAAAGUAUAAACUAAAUACUCUAUCCAAAACCCUCCGUGUCAGAUUCGGGGACACUCCCGUUUACUCCGUGCAUAAGGAGAGAGUACCGGAGCCAUGGUCGAGGGAGAAGACGGGGAUGGAUGGAGAUGUCUGUAGUGCUUAUCAAGCUGCAUGGGCCUCAUAC